UCUAUUUUUAUUAUUCAUGCGACGCCUUUGGCACUUGCUGGGCGUGGCAUUUGGAUUGGCCUCUGCAGUUGGUUGCUUUUUGGCUGGCGUUUACUUUCAACACACCCAUGCAACACGGCAGCUGCAGCAGCUCGUGCAACAGGAUGUCUACGCCUACUAUAUCAGUCCGAAGAUCUUCGCCGCGUAUGCAAGAGCUGAUCCACAGUUCGGUUUCUUCAACGUUCCGAAUGGAACGCCGAAUCAUGUGCAGCGUAUUAUGAAGUAUGGAUUUCCGGGCCUGGAUGAUGUGAGGCUCUACAGUGACUUCGUUCUGUCCUACGAUCGCCGCAAUCGCGUGGCGCAUUGGGUCUGCGAGCACUUGCAAUUGGCCAAUUUGCAGGGUGCACGGGGCGUUGGUCGCGCUAGCGCCACCUAUCGUGCAGAUCUGAGUGUGCCUUCGAACUUUCGUUCAACGCUCGCCGACUAUAAGCACUCGGGCUUCGAUCGUGGUCACCUGGCGGCCGCUGGCAACCAUCGGGGCCAACAAGUGCACUGCAACGAAACCUUCUUGCUGACCAACAUAGCGCCACAAAUAGGCCAGGGCUUCAAUAGCGGUGCCUGGAACAAGUUGGAGAUCUACGUUAGGGAGUUAGCACAGAGUUUCGGUUCGGUAUAUGUGUGUACCGGUCCGUUGUUUAAGCCCCGGGCACAGGGCAAUCGUAAAUGGACCGUGGAGUACCAAAUGAUUGGCGAAAACAUGGUGGCAGUGCCCACGCACUUCUUCAAGGUGAUCAUGGUGGAGUCGAGGCUGCCCUUGGGUAAGCCCUAUAUGGAGGCGUAUGUGCUCCCCAAUGCGCCCAUACCGAAUCAAUCGACCCUACGCGAUUUCCUCUGCGAUAUUCGGGAGAUUGAGCACUUUGCAGGCCUACAUUUCUUUCAGGGCAUGCGCCGAAGUGCAAUUUUUGGCAGCAACUAUCCAAGUGAAUCGAAAGUUUUUCGAGAUUUUGCAUAAAUUUCGUGUGAAG